CGCUUGCUGUUGGUCGCUACCCUUCCCACUCGCAUCCUCUGGUCGAUCUUGAUCCUCUCACUUCAUACCAUUUGACUCCUCGAAUCCGCACCUUCACUAUGGCUAGCUCUCACACGACCGACAGACUCUCACACAAUAUGGAGAAGAUGUCCUUGAAUUCCAAGCGACAUGCUGAUGCUCCUCGCUACACACCACCACACCGCAAGUCAUCCCAAGCGCCCAAGACUUCCGACACUCGCACACCUCCUACUUCAACCAUGUCUGUUCCCAACGACAAGACACCCACUGCUGCCCCAGAGCAAGCAGCCGAGUCCGUAGCCGAGCCUAAGACCACAACCAAGAGCAUGCCGCCCCACAAGAAGUACCCUGGCACCUCGACCGCGUCGACGAAGGCACCAGUCAAGGAGCCUGAAGUUGCAGAAUCGUGGGAGGAAGAGGCUGGUUCAGACAAGGACAUCACCACCACUCCCCAACUUUCCGCCAAACCUGAAUCCGUCUCUGCCUCCACCACCGACCGCGACUCGUCACCAGCUGCUGCUGCUCCCAAGUCAUCCUACAUCCCACCCCAUCUCAAAAACCGCUCAGCCGCACCCUCCCCACCCUCUCGCUCUGCCACCUCAACCUCGACCCUCGAACGCCGUCCGGAAAAGACAAACGCAGUAGCUCACCGCCUUAUCGCCGGCGCAUUGGGUGUCAAGAUGCCCAGACGCACCGAGGAACAAAGAGCUUACGACAAAGCCAUCAGAGAGCAAGAGAAGAGAAAGAGAGAUGUGGAGCGAGAAGCUAGAAAAAAGGCCGAGGAGGACGCAGCCAAGGCUAAAGCUGCUAUUUGGGAUGAUUGAAGAAAAGGGGGAUGGGUCUGCGCGAAGGAACAACGUUUGAAUGCACGGUUGUGGAGAAAGUCUGGACUCCAGAGAAUUUGGAGCUUGGGUUGUGAGAAUGGCUGCUAUCUUGGAUG